UUUCAGUUCUCCCUCGCGACGACAGAUUUUCGGCGAGAUUUAAGUAGCUAGGUUAGGUUAAUGUUACGUCGCGCACUUCGCGACGGGCUGCACUUAUUUGUGCUUUCGGUGAGUUGGGAAAAAAAAAUGGCGGCCACUUAGUGAACUUUCCGUCGAGCGCGAGCAAUUGCAUUGCGACUUCUUCCAACCGAAUCGUGCACAGUCAAUCUUUUUUCCUUCCUGAUAGAUGAUGACAAAACGUAUGUUCACCUGCGAUCACUUUCCGCACUUUGUUCGAACGUGAUCCAUCGAUCGUAGUCGAGAAUCGGAGUAAUCUGUGAUGAGAGGUUAAGAGUGGAAUUGAUCUAGAAGUGAAGGACAUCGCGUUUGAUCGCUGGGUGGACGGAAUAUGGGCCUAAAGGCGGCCGUUCAGGCUUUGAAGAAAGCAGAACCAUUGAAGGACAAGGUUCAACGUUGCAAGGAUCUUCUUAAUGACAACGAUGCCUGGGUAUGUCAACAGCAAUUGCAGAAGAUAUACCAGCAGGUUCUCAUAUUGGAUCUGGAAUAUGCCUUGGACAAGAAAGUUGAGCAAGAAUUGUGGAGUCUUGGAUUUAAGAAUUAUAUAGUGACUCUGCAAUCGCAGGCUAAGGACAGGAAAAAUCCCAAACGUGGCGAAUCCCAGGCGUUGCUCAGUUGGUGCCUAGAAGCAGCCAGUGGUUUCUAUUUGACUUUGCUGCAAGAAAUCUGCACUGUAUUUGAUUUAGAUCUACCAUUUAGAAGGAAAGGUUAUAUAUAUGGACGUACAUCUCCAUGGAAGGCUGUUGAGAAAUUAUCUCCUCCUCACAAAUCUUCUUGUUUUUAUGCCUGCCAAUAUUGCCUUGUACAUCUGGGUGACAUUGCACGGUACAGAAAUGAAAGCAAACAAGCCGAGAUGUUUUAUAGACAUGCUGUCUCACUAUCACCAUCCAGUGGACAGCCAUAUAAUCAAUUGGCACUCUUAGAAGCUUCCCGCGGUGAUAAAUUGGGCACGGUGUUUCAUUACGCACGUUCGGUAGCUGUGAAACAUCCUUUUCCUGUCGCUACAGCAAAUCUCGCCACGACUCUAUCCUCCGCCUUGAAUGACAAAUCUUUCAAUAUCGAUGGCAAGACCAAAUUAAAUUCUCAGGAAUACAUCGCUGUAUUCCUGAAACUGCAUGGAAUAAUUCACAUACUCGGCGAUUUGAAGCUAGCAUGCUCGUACAGCAAACAAUUGACGGAAACAUUGACUGCAUUGGUAGCCACUGAAAGUUUUAGUUCGUGGAUGCUCAUACAAAUGCUGGUGAUCAAUUUGUAUGCUCUGCAACACACAGCUGCGAUUGGCACUGACAGCACGGAAGUGCACAAGAACGAGCAAAUGAUCAAUGAUAAAAAACUCGCUCGCGACUGUAUACUGGACUUAAUCGCAGGCACUCUAUCUGCCUUGCUGCUACCUGUCUAUACAAUAAAGAACUCUAUCAUUGAGUACUUUGCGUUGCCUUCUAUAAAACUGUGCCUUGAUUGGAUCAACAUAAAACCCACGGUUUUAGAAGAAAUGGCUUUUACAUCAAGAUUACAGAUCUGGCCCAGUCUUUGCGUACUGUUGAAUGCCUUACAGAGUUGUGUGAUGGAUUUUAAGUAUGAUGAAUAUGCUGCGAUACCAUUGCCAGAAGAUCGCGAUCUCCAAGGUUUUUUACCGUUGGAGAAGAGUUUCGAAAAUCUCAGAUUCACGAAUACAACAUUGGAAGGCGACAUGGUGACACUAAACAAGAUACGAGCAGUUCGUAUUUUACAUCUGGGCCACUGCUUUGCUCAAUAUCGAAUUAAUGGAUUGAUACCAAUUUCGAUUACGACGGAGGAGAAAACAGGCGAUAACAAAUUUACAUCUAUGAGCAACGGUGCUGGACCCAGCAACGAGUUGAUGAAGGAACUCGAGGAACUUAGUUUAAAUAAGGAGAAGCAACUUGAUAUCUCGAUGAGCCCGGUGCUGUCAGAAGCAGCUAGUAGCAAAAGUUCUGGGGAAACCGAUAUUGAGAUUUCUGCAGAUAAAAAAAUUUUCCAAGGUAUUCUUAAACCGCAAGGCUCCUUAGAACGAAACCGAGACCGAGACUCCUUAGUAAGUACUGCAGAGACAAACAGUAGCGAGGCAAGUUCCCUUCCAUGCGCGCGAAAACCGCGACAGAAUAUAGCGAUGCAAGCAAUCAUGCGUCGUGCAGAGACCGAACAGAAGCAGGUGACAUUCAAGAAUAUAUCACCCGUAAUUGUUGAAGAAAAUGAUAGAAAAGUGAAAACAAUGACCGUCCCACCUGUUACUUCUGUUACAAAUAAACCAACAUUAAUUUCAGAGAUGCCCAAAGCUAAUGAAGCUGCCAAUACAAAUAAUACUCUCGUUAACAUUCAGAACCGUUUAUCGACAAUAUCACUCGCUCCGUCUACUAUUCAGAACCAAUCUACAUCUAUUCAGAGUCAACAGAGAUCUCCUAAAUUGCCGCCCAGCAUUCCCAUGCCCGCUCAAGUGAGUCAAUUGGCAACCAAAGAACAGCAAACUCAACAAAUUGCUCAGCAAAUGAUCCACGGUGGCAUGACGGCACAAGCCUCAACAUUGGGACCGGUUUGCUAUCCAAAUCAAUCAUUCAGUGUGCAAAACCCGCAAUUCGCUAAGAACUUCAUAACAAAUCGAUCACCAAUAGCAAACGCACCGCGUUAUCAAAUGCAAGGACAACUUAAUAAUAAUGGACAACCGGUACCAGCGAUGCCACAGAACAUUAAUGGAAUGCACGCAAUUAAUCAGAGCAGACCAUUGCAUCAAAGGAUGUCACAGAACGUAUCUCACAGCCCCGCACAGUUGCUACAGCAAAACAUGAGAUUGGGAUCACCUGCUCAGCAAAAUAUGAUGCCGCAAAGUAUAAGUUUACAAACGAAUAAUAUGGGAUUGCAACCAAAUAUCAGCGUAGAGCAACAGAAUCAUUCGAUGGGGCUGCAACAGCAAAAUAUGAUGCAAAGCAAUCCUAGGCCAAACGACAUACACAAUCAAUUAAAUAUGAUGUCAGCGUUAUCGGUAUACGAAAAGGAUCCUCAGCAACAAACUUUGACGACGCUAGCAAACUCACAGAGUCCAACCAGCACAUCAAAUUUCCAAUUGAGCUUUAAUCAGAGUCAUUUCAAUCAGAGUCAAUCCUUCGGACAACCGUUAUCGCAAAGUCAACCGUCGCCAUCGUUCUACAAAAAGAAUUCUGAUGCAAUGGACUUCCCAUUUUCGAAUCAGAUCAAUGUAUCUACUAAAAAUCAAAUACAGCAACAGCAAUCUGCGGCAAACAGUUAUAUGUUUUGCAAUUACGAACCAACUGAACAUUUCAACUUGUGGAAGGAUAAUCGACCACCUCAACCACCGAUUGCCUGGUGGGGUUCAACUAAUAAUACAACUCAGAUGCAUAUAAAGGAUUCAACUGUUAAUGAUAACACAUUCUCAAACUGGAGCGAUUCAUCUACUCUUGGGAAUACAGUGAGUAGAAUGCCGCUGACGCCAGGCAAGAAUUAUCAGCGACAACAGCAAAAUGGACAACAUCUUAUGGCAGGAAACAGCUUCGAGGAUUCUGGAUUGUUUGAGCUCGAGCAAAAACCAUCCCAAGCAGUAAGCACCGGCAAUACUUAUUCCUUGUUCAGCAGCAAUACAUGGAAUACAUCGGUUAAUACAUCAAUCAAUUCUGGUUCGACUACUCAAGAUCAAAUGAAAGCACGACUUCAUCAACAAUCUCUAUGGUCCGGACCAGGUCCUUCCCCUUUAGAACGACUUUUGGAGCAACAAAAGUCACUACGUGAGGGAGGUACCACUUGAAGGAAUACGCGAAAGAUCCGCUGAGGAGGUCAAGCAGAGUGUAAUUUCGCGUUUAGCGUAUGCCGUCUUAAGUAACCACAAGCGUGCGCGGCGGCGGAUAAUUACCUAAUCAUUUGACGAGGACGUGCGAAAUUCUCAAAAGAUAUGUAGGGAAGAACGGAUAACUGAGAUUGACCGAGGCGCAGAGUCGUCCUCGAGGCAUUAUGAUAUGCACAGGGAUAAUAUAAUUUUCGUUAUUUUCCAAUUGCACACGUGAGUCUGCGACAGACUCAGAAUACACAUUUUUGGAGUGUAUUUCUUGCAAAUUAAGCAAAGCGAGAAACAAAAUGAUUAUCGAAUGGUGAUUCACAAUGCAAUUGCAAUUUAAUUUACAUGGAAAUAAAUAGAAAAGCAACAAGAAAAGAAAUGGUAUUAGAGAUGAGAUGCGGUAGCUCUUAGCAAAUCGUUAAUUAGUACACAAGAAAUAAAGGCAAAUGUAGACAUUAAUUAUGAGCGACGCGCGCGUGACUUUGUAUCUUUGACGUAUUUAGAAGACACAAUGAACAACACUAUUUCAUUUUAUCAAAACUAAUCGAAUGGCGCGCAUCGUUCUGUUUUGACUUUAUAACAAUUUAAAUGUCGAGAUUGUAAUUGGAAAUCAGACGGACAAACAAUAAUUAUGGUUGAAUUUUCAUUUUUAACAUAAUAACUUUAUUUCAUAUAUAGAAGUACAUUAACAACUUUUCUGUCCGUAAUAUUAUAUGUAAGUUAUAUCACAUAUGUCGUGAUUAUAAUACAUACGUAUCACGAAGUUUUCCUUCGUUUCGUCGCUAAAAAGUUCUUAAAAUUGUCUCAUUCCACAUCAAGACUUCUGAUAUUAAUUUUACUGAAAGAAUAUAUAGGAAGUGUUCCAAGCAAAAAA